UCGCUGAUAUCAAGGUCAAAUUUGAUAGUUAUUCUCAAUAAAAAUCUGAUCUCGCCGAUUCGAGUUUACGCAUAUAAUUUAAUAAUUAAAACUUUUGAAAAUGGCUCUUAAUAAGUUAAGCAUAGACGCGGUUAAUUUAGGUGGAAAGCGGGUGUUGAUGAGGGUUGAUUUUAAUGUCCCCUUAAAGGAUGGAGUGAUUACUAAUAAUCAGCGCAUCGUUGCUGCCUUGGACUCCGUCAAAUAUGCUUUGGACAAGGGUGCAAAAUCUGUUGUUCUUAUGUCACAUCUCGGGCGACCCGAUGGACAGGCUAAUCCAAAAUAUACCCUCAAACCUGUAGCUGAAGAGCUUAAAAAGUUAUUGAACAGAGAUGUACAAUUUCUAACGGAUUGUGUGGGUGCAGAAGUUGAAGCCGCUUGUGCUGACCCACCAGUUGGGUCUGUAAUAUUGCUAGAAAAUCUCCGCUAUCAUAUUGAAGAGGAGGGUAAAGGAGUGGAUGCCAGUGGGGCGAAAGUUAAAGCUGAUCCAGAAAAGAUUAAAGCAUUUAGAGCUAGCUUAAGGAAGCUGGGAGACAUCUAUAUUAAUGAUGCAUUUGGUACCGCACACAGAGCCCACAGCUCAAUGAUGGGAGAAGGAUUCGAACAAAGGGCAAGUGGAUUCUUGUUGAAGAAAGAGUUACAGUACUUUGCUAAAGCUCUGCAUGAACCAGAGAGACCCUUCCUCGCUAUACUCGGAGGUGCAAAGGUAGCUGAUAAAAUUUUGUUGAUUGAAAACUUGUUAGACAAAGUAAAUGAAAUGAUCAUUGGCGGUGGAAUGGCAUACACAUUCUUGAAAGAAACUAAAGGAAUGGCUAUUGGAAACUCUUUAUAUGAUGCUGAAGGAGCAAAAAUUGUCGCUAAGUUAUUAGAAAAGGCAGCUAAGAACAAUGUCAAAGUUCAUCUGCCUGUAGACUUUGUCACUGCUGAUAAAUUUGAUGAAAAUGCACAGGUUGGAGCAGCAGAUGUUGACUCUGGUAUCCCUGAUGGCUGGAUGGGUCUUGAUGUUGGACCCAAAUCACGAGAAUUGUUUGCAGACCCAAUUGCGAGGGCUAAAGUCAUUGUAUGGAAUGGACCCGCGGGAGUGUUCGAAUUCGAGAAGUUUGCGGGCGGCACUCGUGCGCUUAUGGAUGGCGUCGUGAAGGCCACCGCUAAUGGAACCAUCACUAUUAUCGGUGGAGGUGACACAGCGACGUGUUGCGCGAAGUGGGGCACUGAGGACAAGGUGUCGCACGUGUCCACCGGUGGCGGCGCUUCCCUGGAAUUGCUUGAGGGCAAAGUACUACCCGGCGUAGCGGCACUCACAGACGCAUAAGCAUAGAUGCGUGAAUUGCUUUUAUCCUAUAAUAGCUCGUAGAAAAUCGAAUAUUAUAUACGAUGUAGAACAGACGAGUUAUUAGACCCAUUAUAAUAAGAAAUCAAUGCUAUAUGUAAGCAUUUUUCUAUAGCAUUAGUUUAAGGUAAUUAUAUUUAUAGAAAAUCACUCACUUGAAAGAAAUCGGUACGAGAUUAGAAUCAAGAUCACUGAUGCGCAUAAUUUAAUAACAU